GGUGUGUACCAUUGACGACCCCUACCAGAAAUAUCCUUGUGUUUUUGUAUCAGUCAGCUAGCUAGCUAGCUCAUGGAGCUGGAGAAGCAAGACAGUUCCACGAGCUCUGUGCCUAGAGUGACAGUUGGGAAGGGGCCGGAACCUCAGGUCAGAAUGUUUGUGCACAAGGUCUGUGCGCAAGGGUCCUGGUGCAAUCUCAGAGUGCCCCUCACCAUCCCCUACAUCGUGAGCUCACGGGAGCUGGCUAUUCGUCUCAUCAAAUCACACAAGCUUCCAUGCUACCUAGAGGAAGAGUUGUGUGCCCAACUGGAGGCAUUUGGUCGCCAAGAGACACUAUCUCACCUCGAUCAAUCGGCCGAGGACAGUAGUCUGUACGAGGGAUCCGUACUGGAGGAGGGCUCUGAAACUGAUGUGAUCAUUGAAAAGUGGGCAACCUGCUUUGCUGAGAACAGUGUGGAAUAUGCCCCAGUGUUGGACUCGAGGGGGAGCUCCCUGGGGGCUACCGUGGGUAGGACAGACCUUCAGUUCUCAGAGGUCUACCAUAAACUCAUUCAUUCGCCCGCCCUCGAAACACUUCUACAAUUAGAGCAUACGUACGCUCUGGCCGUCCUAGAGAUGUGUAACGCCAGGGACAACGCUAUGGAGAUCAUGCAAAAGAGACAUGACAGAGAGUUGUCUGAAGCCAUGCAGCGUCUCGGUACUAGCAGCUCUGAGGCUGACAUCAAUGCAAUGAUGCGAGCAUACACGCUGGAGAGGGAGAGUGGUGAGGGGGUGUGGUCUAGUGAACUGAGUCAACUGCAAGAGUCGCAGAGACGAGAGUAUCGCGAGUGGGUGCUCAAACUGCAUGAGGAGACAGCAGAGAAGGUUAAAGCUCCCUCUGCUGCGUCAUGGGGUGUUGGGGAGGGCGUGGCACUUGAUGAGACUGAGGAUGAACCGCCCCAUCUUGAAGAGAGUUUCACCAUACACCUAGGUACUCAACAAAAGACGAUGCACAAUGUUCGUGUGCUGUGUUGUGACCCCCUCGACCUCUGUCAACACAAGGCUGGCCACACCCACCCAGCGGCUAGUCCAGAACGCCUCCUAACAGCCAUGUCACUUUACUCCAGCAAGCUCUCGGCUCUCAUUGCCAUGGUCGAUGGGAGAGUCAAUUCAUUGGGGGGAAUCAAAGAAGCAUUUGCCAAUGUCUGUCAUCAAUCGACUGACUUUCACUUCCAAGAUGUUGACGUCCAACUCAGCCAGAUCCAGGAGUGUGCUCUGAUUGGGAACAGCCAACGUCAAGAGCACAAGUUCUCAGAAUCUCUGAGUAGCCAUGCUUCUGACAGUCAGAUAUCUCGCAGCAGCUCUCCCCACUCCGGCAUAUCUCCAGACAGAAACGGUUCGGCUCAGGGAUUACUGAACAAAUCCACCUCAAGUUCUUUAUUCCUCUCGUCCCAGGAACAGAGCUCAUCUACACUACUGGACACCACCUCUGUCAGUCUGGAACCAGGCGAUUUCUAUGUGACAAGACACUCCAAUCUCUCUAGUGUACAUAUAGUACUCCACCUGGUGACAGAGGAGGCAGCUGUGCAAAGCCCGGGUCUCAAGUCCCGACACCCAGUGGUCCUCGGACUUAAGAACUGUCUGAGGGCAGCUGCUCGCCAUGACGUCCACCACGUCACUCUUCCCUUGUUACUCGUACACUCUAUGCAACCUGAUAUGACCAUUGGCUGGUGCCUCAAGAGAGCUGAGCUUAUCUUCAAAUGUGUCAAAGGCUUCAUGCUUGAGAACUCUUCAUGGGGAGACGGGGCUUCCAGAACCAUUCAGUUCCUGGUGCCUAAAGGUAUAUCCAAGGAUAUGUUCGACGAGUUCUGUGACAUGCUCCCUAAAGUGUUUAGAGUUACCUCCAGCCGUAACCUCACAUCAAGAACUGGCUACAAAUAGAUCUAUAGUAUAUCUGUUCCACUUAUACAUGUGUGGUCUAGGGCACGCAAAAUACGUUACCAACUGUUUUUUAAUUUUUUCAUAAGAUUUCUUUUUACAAGUGAUGAUGAAUGCAAUUGAGAUUGAUUGUACAAUAAAAGAUAUAAUUAUUAAAACUUUGUCACUAAUA